CCUCUCUCCUCAUCCCGAUCAUGUGCCAAAUCCUCCCUCCUCCUCCUCCUCCUCCUCCUCCUCCUCCUCCUGUCUGCCCGCCUGCAGCCCCUCUCAGGCCGCGGAGGGGAGCAUUCACACCCCGCUGUCUGCGUUUAGCGGACGGGGCUCUCGGUGAACCGGAGGGAGAUGGUCGGCACCCCGUGCGCCCGGCGGCUGGCGCGCCGCUCCCGCUCCGCGCUGCUGCUCGCCGCCGCGGCGCUGCUGCUCAUCCAGACCCUGGUGGUGUGGAACUUCAGCAGCCUGGACUCCGCCGGCGGGGACGCGGGCGCCAGGAGCCGGGAGAAGCGGGACGAGCGGAGCGGGUUGCUCAACAAAGCCGCCACGGAGCGCCGGCGGAGGGGGCCGGAGCGGAGGGACGAGCCGCCGCGGGGAGCCGCCGCGCUGCACGGGAAGGCGGCCGCUCGACUCAAGCUGCAGCCGGAUGUCCUCCGUCCCCACCGUCCAAAGCUCCGCCCCGACAGCAACAACAACGAGAACUCGGUCCAAAAAGACUUUGACAUCGACAGCAACAGCAACCUGGGAGCGCGGUCGCAGCGUCAGCGUCUCUCCGCUGCAAACGGCAAGAGAAAGCUGGAAAAGAACCAAGGCAUGCUGGGAAAUGAAGUCCUAAAGCAUGCUCCGGUCCUCCCUAAAGCUCCCAACCAGACCCACAUCCUGACCGUCCCGGCGCCGGCUCAGGGCUCCAAUCAGGACGCCCCCUUCUUCCAGACGAAGCGGCCCGGGUCGCCCGCGCUGCCGCCGGGUCCGGAGCCCAACAGGGACCGGCCGCAGUGCGAGAUCAGCGGGAAGGAGGCCAUUUCCGCUCUGUCCAGAGCCAAGAGCCGCGAGUGCCGGCAGCGCAUCGUCGAGGUCUACUGCAAGCACAAAGAGCGGGCGCUGAUGCCGGAGAAAGUCCCGCGCUACUGUCCGAUCCAAGGUAAGGCUAACGUAAACGUCCAGUGGGACGGCGGCGCCACCGGCUGGCCGCCGGUCCGCGUCGCCUUCGUCCUGGUCGUCCACGGCCGCGCCGUGCGCCAGUUCCACCGGCUCUUCAAGGCCAUCUACCACACAUCGCACUUCUACUACAUCCACGUGGACCAGAGGUCCGAUUACCUCCACCAAGAGGUUCUGUCUCUGGCGGACCGGUUCCCCAACGUCAGAGUGACGCCCUGGAGGAUGGCGACCAUUUGGGGCGGAGCCAGUCUCCUGACGAUGUACCUGCGCAGCAUGGACGACCUCCUCAAAAUGGCCGACUGGUCCUGGGACUUCUUCAUCAACCUGAGCGCCGCCGACUACCCCAUCAGGACCAACGACCAGCUGGUGGCGUUUCUCUCCAAACAUCGCAACAUGAACUUCAUCAAGUCUCACGGCAGAGACAACGCUCGUUUCAUCCGUAAGCAGGGCCUGGACCGGGUUUUCUACGAGUGCGACACCCACAUGUGGCGCCUGGGAGACCGUAAGAUCCCGGAGGGCGUGUCGGUGGACGGAGGCUCUGAUUGGUUCCUGCUCAGCCGGCCGUUUGUGGAUUACGUCGUGAACUCGCAGGACGAUCUGGUCAGAAACAUGAAGCGGUUCUACAGCUACACGCUGCUGCCGGCCGAGUCGUUUUUCCACACCGUCCUGGAGAACAGCAUCCACUGUGAGACGAUGGUGGACAACAACCUGAGGCUCACCAACUGGAACCGCAAACUGGGAUGCAAGUGCCAGUACAAGCACAUAGUGGACUGGUGCGGCUGCUCUCCGAACGACUUCAAGCCCUCUGACCUGCCGCGCCUCCAGCAGGCCUCCAGGCCGACGUUCUUCGCCCGGAAGUUCGAGGCCAGCGUCAGCCAGGAGAUCAUCAGCCAGCUGGACGCCUUCCUGUUCGGCGCGUACCCGUCCGACACGCCGGGCCUGCAGGCCUACUGGGAGAACGUCUUCCACCAGCAGACGGACGGCGUCUCCGGCCUGUCCGACGCCGCGCUCAGCCACCACCACGCCUUCGCCCGCAUGGGCCUGGCGCGCGCCGCCGGAUCGCUGCAGGGACACCCCGGCGACAACAGCUGCAGGUACGCCGCCAUGAGCCACCCGACGUCGGUGCACGCCUACUUCCUGUCGGACCAGUUCCAGGGCUACCUGGUGCGCCACGUGGCCACAAACCGAGCCUCCACCCAGAUGGAGACGCUGGAGACCUGGGUGGCUCCCAGGGACCACUUCACCCUGGCCAGCCAGCCCCACAGCAGCAACCGGCUGCAGCACAUCCAGGUCGGGUCGGACUGGGACCCGAAGGAGCGGCUCUUCAGGAACUGGGGCGGCCUGCUGGGGCCCGAAGACGAGCCGGUAGCGGUUCAGCGCUGGAGCCGCAGCCAGAGCAACCUGACCGCCACCGUGGUCUGGAUCGACCCCACCAACGUCAUCGCCGCCACCUACGACAUCCUGGUGGACGCAUCGGCCGAGGUGACCCACUACCGGCCGCCGCUGACGGCGCCGCUGCGGCCCGGCGUCUGGACGCUCAGAGUGCUUCACCACUGGAACCUGCUGGGCCAGACCAGCUUCGUUGUCGCUCCGCUUGAGUUCCACCGGCAGCAGCCCAUCCAGAAAGAGGACACGCUGCGGCUCCACGCCGGCCCGCCCAGGAACUCCUACAUGGAGCAGAGCUUCCACGGCCUGAACCCGGUGCUGCGGCUGCCGGUGAGCCUCCGCGCCGUGGAGGAGGCCGAGGCCAACUCCGGCCUGACGGGGGCGCCGCUGCGCCGCUGGCUGGACGGGCUCCUGGAGGGCCACUGGGCCGCUGCGGACGUCUGCUCGCUGGGCCCCAGCGCCUGCCCCGUCAUGCAGCGCUGCUUCCGCACCACGUGGAGCUCCGCCAGCCCCGACCCCAAAUCCGAACUGAGCGCGCCCAGAGCGGACGGCCGGAUCAGGUAGCAGCAGGACGGAUGGAGGAAACAUUUAUUUAUUUGAAGGUGGCAGGAACGGAGGAGGACCCGAACCCGGUCUGGUCCCAGUUCGGUUUGGGACAACACGGCCCAAUGAAUGUCAGAACCAGAACUUCAUACCUCUUGUUGUUGAGUUCACAAAAAUUAUUAUUUAUUAGUUGUUUAGUCUAAUUAUGACAUUAUUUAAUGUUUGAACUGAGACCAAAAUCAACUCCAGCCUUUCCACAGGAUUCCUGGGAAUUUAUUUCUAGUAUUUCCCAGGAUGUAAGUAUGGAAAAAAACUGGGUUUUUAAGUGAAGAGCUCCACCUGGUGGCACCAACAUGUAAGUGACCACACUGAAAACUUUUCUCAAAAUAAACUGCAGAAUAUAGCUGCAGACCAGAUGCUGUAAAUAACUUCAUAAUUUCAUUUAAAAUGUUCUGUGAGCCUUAAGAAAAGAAAAACUUUACUGAAGUUCAUGAUGUGACGGUUUUGCAGCUUUCAGAUAAUUAAAGUCUGACCACAGUGCCAACAGUUACUGUAAUUUUAUAACAUUUAUAUUUUAAUCUCUCUUUCCCCCUGAAAAAUCAUGUUUUUUUUUCCAGAGCUAUUUUUAAUGAUUUUUUUUUCUUAUUUGGAUCCUAGAUGCAGAGUUGCUGCUUGUCAUUUAUGCAAAACCAACAAAAACAAAUUGUUCUGAUGUUUCUGUUGUUUUUUAGCCAGUUUUAAAUCCAAAGUGUGACUUCAAGUGAAGUUUUUAUUUGAGUUAAUUGCAGCAUCUGUAGUUAAUUGUUCAAUAUUUUAGAGUUCAAAGGUGAAAUAUGUACUGUGUACUUUAGGGAAUUGGGAUCUGGGAAUACCAACGUUUCCAUAUUUUAAUUUUUCCAUACUUAUCCUGAUCUGGAAAACACUGAGCUCCAUGUUUCACGCAGUAGAAAUCCUGAUCUGGGCGUAAUAAACCGUUUUCUCACAGCAGGAGGCCACCCAGCCCUCCUGCUGGAGCGUUUCCACAUUAUUUAUUAACAUGAAGAACUGCUGCUGUAUCACACAACAAGCAAAGAAUGCUGCCAUGAUCGCCACCUGCUGGCCAGAUGCUAUUACUUCAUUAUAUGUUGGAAUUACAGGGAUAUUUCACGUGCAGAGGAAUCAUCUUGGAUAUUAAAACUGUUAUUUUUUCACAGAUUAAAAACCACGCCUCUGAUCUUUCCUGAUGGAUAUUCUUCUAACUCCUUUAAAGUUUUUCCCCAGCUGCUCUGUUCUGUCAACGUCAGGUUUUCUUUGUGCCAUUUUAAAAUCCUUCAGACUUGAAGUGAGCCACCCAAGAAGAAAUCCAUCUUCUUUAUUUAAAAAAAAAUCUCUCUGUCUGAGUCAAACAUCUAAGAACUGCUGAACUAAUUUAUUCAAAAGUUUAUAUAAAUAAUUUUUCCUCCUUCGGAGGAAAAUGUGUGCCUUUGUUUCUGAAGGCUGAAGAAACGAUUAAAUGAUGUCGACCUCAGACUUCAGGACGCCAUGAUGUCUUUAUUUAUGGCCUGCUGUCCCAAUGAAGGGAGGCUGAACUCCACCGGAGCGCUAUCCUGCUGAUCCUGGGAUUUAAAUCUCGUCUUAUUUGAUAACUAAGAAAAACUCAUUUUAGAUGUUUAAGUUCAGGAAGGAUUGAAAAGUGAAACCCGUCAACAUGACAAACUGAACCAGAAAGUUUAAACUGAACAGAACUGAUGAACAGCUCCCACUGAUUUAAAUAGGAAUACUGAAGGCUUUUCAUUGUUUACAAAGGGCGCCCUCAUGUGGACAAACCAUGUAAAUGCAGUCAAAACCAAAAGUUUAAUGAUGGAAUGAGUAAAAGUUUUGAUGACAGUAUGAUAGACGUUUAAAAAUCUGAUGUUCUUUAUAUGUUUUGAAUUUGAAAACCGUUAAAAGUUGAAAUUUUGUGACAGAUAAAGAUGGAGAGAUUUAUUCACAAAUUAUCUCUGCUAUAAUUUAAUAAUAAAAUCCCAAAAUUUAAUUUUCAGAAAAUAAGAAUAUGGCAUUAAAUCCUAACAAAGGAUUUAAAACUCCGUCAUAUUUCUGUAUCGUAUCUGCUCUCUACUUGGUAUGGGCAGAAGAGAAAAGACGUGCUGAUGUGAAUCUUUUUCUAACACACUUUUUCCUUCCACUUAAUUUUCCACCAGCCAUUUUUAUUUUUUUAGAAGUUAUGUCUUGUGGUUUCUCUUUGUGGAGAUUUCAGUUUGGUGAACAUCGGUCACGUUUUCUCCAUGACUGUGAAAAAGACUGCUUAAAAUGUUCUGAAAAACAGAAUUUGGGGUUUUUAUUUAUUAACUGUGAUAAUCAUAAAAAUUGAAUGAAAAAUACUAGAAAUACAUCACUCUGACAUGUAAAUCUGAGUUUCACCUUUUGGACUGAAUUACUGAAGCAAAUGAACCAAUAAACUAAAUCACAGCCUCCAGAAAAAAACAUGUUUGUUGUUUUUGUUGGUUUUAAGUGAAAUGAAAGAAACUCUGAGGAGGCCGAAUUAUUUUUCUGAUUAGAAGUUCAAAGUUUUCACUUUGAUUUAAUCCAAAAUUGGAGCUGAAGUGAAAAAUUUAAGAUCUGCAGCCUGAACGAAUUCAGAAGGAAAAUAAAACGAUCAGAUAAACCCUGAAAACAGAAACCCAGAUUUUCUGAUUGUUUCAACAGAAAAAAGAAUAAAAUAAAUAAAUAUCAUGAGAGUUUAAAUAAAAGCAGAUCAUUGGAAAUGUGGGUUUGAGAUCUUUGUUUCAUUUCCAUAAUGUAUUUAUGUUUUAUUUAUGCAUUAUUUUAAGGUAAUUUAAAUGGAAAUGGGCCCAAACUGGAGGCCGACUGGUUUUCAGAUGCAGCAGCUCAGAGCGAAGCGUGUUUCUGUAUUUGAAUGAAUCUGGAUGGAUGUUCAUUUUAUUACAGAAAAACAAGUGAAACGAUGUACAGACUUUAAGUUAAAGUGUAAAUGUCCAGAUUUAAUUGGAUUUCCCAGAGGAUUGUUGUUCUUUCAUUUUUCCAUCUUUUCUCGCUGGGAGUCGUGCCUUAGCUGUGCUCCUGUUUUAGAAAACUGAAUAAAAAACAACAAAUCA